GGUUUGUUUGUUCUUUACAACGGUCAGAUGUUGCUUUGAAACUGACUUUCCUUACUUUUGUUUAGGUAAUUACCUCCCCAGAUCGAUCACUGAUCCCCAUUAUUUAGAUCUUUCUUUGGUUCACCAAUCCUCUUUUCUAUAAUGGAAUACAGUCCUCAGUCCACAGCAUCGUCUAUUCCAUUUGACUCCACCACAACACUCACCAUGUCAAUGGCAGAUGAGCUUAAAUCUCAACACAGGCAACUAUUUAAUCCUGUCACACCUGACGUUUCACCACCCGCACAGACUAGUAAUGGGGGAUUCCCUAUAAGGGGUAAAGAAACAGGGUCAGUGUUAGAGGUAAGCAAUAUGACAAAUGCAGAUAUUCAGGAAAUGGAGCAAGUGAGAGAACACCUGCAACUGAUGCUGCAGAACUGUAAAGGAUUCACAGAUCAAAGUGAUUAUGAACAAACUCCAAGAACAACUACAGACUGUGAAACACAAGAAAAUGAAGGGGACAAAGAGUCUACUAUAAGUGUGGAAACAACAUCCUUGUUGCAGAGACUUCUUCCAAAUUCUUCCCCUCUCUCUGAAAUUCAGGUUCAUUUUCAAACUCCUGAGCAAGGCGCAUUAUCUCAUGAUCAACAUACCAGGCAGAUGGUGUCAUUUGCCAGUGACAGAAGGUUAAAUGCAAUUCCUACCAGUAAAGUCACCAAUGAGAAAACACUUCUGUCUGAAAAUUCCCUGCUUAGAGAUCAGGUGGAGAAAGAGAGGUUUAGGAGAAAGCACUGUGAACAACAAAUACAGGAACUUCAUAGGAAGCUACUGGAAGCUCAGCAGCAGCUGGCUGUUGCAGUGUCCGCUGAGAGAAAAAAAGAUGCUAUGAUUGAACAACUUGACAAGACUUUAGCUAAAGUUGUGGAUGGCUGGAAAAAACAUGAAAGUGAGAAGGUAGCCAUUAUCAACCAACUGAAAAUAGAACAGGAAACUGCAGAGCAGUCUCAGCAAAGACAACAGGAGAUGUUGCUCCAGUUUGAGAAAGAGCUGGCACAAGCUGUGGAGGCUUUGACUAAAGAACAGGAAAAAGCAGCUCAGGCUGAAAGAGAAAAACAAUCACAGCUCAAGCAACAAAAGGAGGAAAGAAACAAGUUACUAGAAUGCCUGUCAAAUGAAAAAGAAGCUGUGUCACGAAUGGAACAGGAGAAAAUUCAACUCAGAAAAGAAAAAGAAGAAGCUGAAGAGAAAUAUGUUCAGACAGAUGAGGCUUUGAAGGAGCACAAAAGAAUCCUUGAAGAACUUCAAUCAAAAUUCAGCAGCCUGGAAGCAGAACAUAAUGAUUCAAUGGCCAUGGAGAAGGAAAAGCUACGCAAGGAAAUACAGAAUACCAAGGAUAGUCAAGUUGUCCUCGCCUCAGUUCAGAAAGAAGUACAGCAUCUUGAGAUGGAGCUUGAUGCAAGUAACAGAGAAAAGGAGAGUUUGAAGAUGGAGUUACGUUUGAUGGAAGCCAAACAUGAAGCAAAUAGAACCAAAGAAGAGACUGAAAGGCAAGCUGAACUGGAAAGAGAGAUGACUCAGCGGCUGGAAGAGAUUCAUGAUCAAAUGUCAAAAACAGAAUCAGAAUUAAGGGAAUCACACAGAAAACAGCUUCUGGAGAUGAGCAAGAAACACAAAGAAGAACUUGAACAGCAGUUGGGAAAAUUUCAUGAGGAGUUGAAAAAAAAGGAAAUCAAGGUGAAGUCUACUACUGAUGAAUAUGAAGAAAGAAUCAGUACUUUCCAAGAAAAGAUGGCUUCUCUCUCAAACUCAAGGCUUUACUUGGAGAAAGAAAGACAGAUGCUGUCUGUGCGUCUACAGCAGAUGAUGCAGUCUCACUGUGAGGAAGCCAUCAAGCUGUUGAAUUCCAGUAGAACUUCAUUGUCCCCUCUGUCUGGAACACAACAGCUUGUACACAAUCAAAGCUCCUUUGCGAAGAAUGUCAAGGAGUCAAACUCUGACUGGGAAAAAGACACAGGCUACCAGCCUGGUAAAGGACCAAUCACAGCAGCUCUGUUUCAAUCUUCACAAGUACAUCAACACCAGCAGAAGAUACCUGAUGAAAUCUCAGCAAAUUAUGUAACACCUAAAUUAGCACAUAAUAUCAGCCAUGACAGUUCUCAGACUGAUAGUGGCAUGUACUCAAAGAGUUAUCUUAGCAACAAUGGAGACAUGGUUAGGCAUGGGAUGCUAUCACAUGACCAGUCUGCAAAUCCAGACUUUUUUCCUCUUCACACUGUCAAUGAUGACAGGACUGUUAUUGAGGGACAGUCUGUGAUCAAUGGAGAUGCUUAUGAAGACAGAGAAGAAACACUUCUCGAACAAGAACUAGAUACAGACAACACAUUACUAUCAGUAUUUCAUCAAGACAACCAUCUUCCUAGGAAUGUCUCCCCUGCAGCUGUGACUGAGGAUACCAUAACAGAGAAACUUCAGCAGCAAGAAUCACGCCAGGCAGAAUUAAACCACUAUGUGAAAAUGCUUCUGCAAAGAUCACCUGCAGAUCAACCCUAUAAGCAGGAAAAAGAUCACCUCCCUAAUGGACUUAGGCUGAUCCCUUCAUCCAGUGAUGUGCAAGACAGAUACUCUAACUCUUCCUCAGAAGUAAUUUCUCCCAUUCAUUCAGAUGGUCAGUUUGAGCAAAGACAUCUGAUGUCCUCACACCACCAUUCAUUCAAAGACUCAAGUUCACAUUCCUAUCAGGAAGUUAAACAUAAAGCACACCCACCACAAGCUGCCUUCACAAAAACCACAGUCACACCAGGUACACGUAGCAUUCCAAGCCAAGCCAGAGAAGAUGUUGGUAUUACAAGUCAGGUACCAUUCCAUGCACCACACACUCGAAUAGGUCAAGUUGCACCUCACACACCACCCCGGAGAGAACGAGACAGUGAUGACCAUCCUCCUCUCCCAGGAGCAUUAACUCCUCACCAAGUUGGUCAGCUGUCUAGAAUGCUUGGACUAUUUUCAGAACCUGGUCAGCCACAGAUUACAGCUGAACAACUCUUUGCUUACCUCAGAAGAGUGCAGAACAACAACCCACUGGGUAACAGCCUCACAACAUCAGCAGCAUCAAGCCCAGUCAGUACCAAGGCCCACAGCACACAUGAGCACCAUGUACCGGGACAUAGUGUAGGGAAUUCUCCUUCCCAGGCUCUGCCAAAACAACACAUGAUAGCCAACAAGGCUAGAAGAAGUCUGGACACUAACUCUCACAAGAGACAGGGUCCUUCUGUUAGUGGUCUCCCUAUUAAUCCACCUGGAAGCCAGGUUACAAAAUCUGCUGAGCAACCAGGCCUGACCAGAACUCACAAACAGCCUGUCAGACAAGUAUCAAGUCUGGUGGGUCCUUCCCUUAGGAACCCAGCUGGGGUGCAAGACGGAACCAAGUCAGCAGCAAAAGUAGGACUACAAAGCAGAGAACCUAAGGCCAAAUCUGCUGCUACAAAACAGACUAAGAUCAGUGCUUGGAGAUAGGCUGAUAUUGAUUAUUUUAUUUAUUUUCUCACUUGUCAAUAUGUUUUACGGAGCUAGGCAAAUAUAGCUUUUAUUUUAUAAUAAAUCAUCAUUUGAGAUAUCUUGUGAUUAAUACAGUUGUCUUUCAUUCCUUGUUUCAUACAUUCUUACUUAACAAUUUAAUGGCACUACUAAUAUAUAAUACUUGCCAAUGAUAAGAUUGAUAAAGUAAUAAUGAAUAGGAACUAAUGAAAAAAAUAAAUUGCUUAUUGCCUCUACUAAAACUCAUAAAACUAUGAGCCCCAAAAAUAUUUUCGAGUAAUAUGUCAAAAGAGGGAAAUCACACCAGAAGUAAUAUAACUUUAUGGUUUGCUUUAGUUUUUCUUUUUGAAGUCAUUGAUUAUAACAAAAUAACA